ACUUCCUUCCUCAAACCUUCUCUCAAAAAAUCAUUUACUCUGGCUUUCCCUACCAUGGACGUCUUCAGUCUUCUCAAAUUCUGGCGUAAUGCCGGUAUCGGAGACCCCAUAACCGCCGGUGACUUUGAUAUUUCAGCUGAUGAUGAAGGGUCAUUCUUUGAUUUGGUCUUCACAAAUCCGAACAAUCUCGAAGACAAUGACUCUGUCGAUUCUCCAACUGUCAGCGUCAUUAGUGGCUUCCACAGUGACCACUACAAUCAAUUUUCAAAGAUGGAUGGCGCUGAUUCAAAGUCAAAUCACACUUAUUCCUCUUCACAUGCUGUUUUUUUCAACAAUAAGAGUAAGAUUUUGCCUCUAGAUUCAUCCAAUUCGAAGACGCCUAGAUCUCCGUUUCGUGUUUUGAUGCUAGGGUUUCAGAAUAGCAAAACGAAAUCGGACAAGAAGGAGAUGAAAUGCGAAAUCGAGGAGGUCACGAUCAGUUCUUUGCUCAAAAGAGAUAACAGUUUGAGGAACAAAAUGAGGUCGGAGAAGUUUCUAGAACACGAUCAGAUGCCAUCAAAACGUUUCUCGAAGGACGUUGUUCACAAGUAUUUGAAUCUGAUCAAGCCUUUGUAUAUUAAGGUUUCCAAGAGAUCAAACGAGAAGGUUAGGUUCUCCGAUCACUCUCCGAUGCCGUCAUCGUCGUCUCCGGCGGCUUCAUCAGUGUUUUCUCCGAGAAAGGAAGAGAAACAGGGAGGGAGAACAAUGUUUAAAGAAGUUCGUAAGCAUUUAGGAAAGAGUCGAUCGUCGUCAUCAUCUUCCACCUCCGUUAAAUCAAUUCCGUCACCGGCAACCCGGAGAGAUGACUCCGCUUUACAACAACAGGAUGGAAUCCAAAGUGCCAUUUUACACUGCAAGAAAUCGUACAAUUCACCUUCUCAAGGGUGCAAUGUUCUGUCAAGAUCAGGAAGUGCGCCAUCUCAUGGACCUCGAAUCUCCGUUGAUGAAGAGAAAAGAAGCAGCAUAUGAAAAUGGCGGGAAUAUAUUCAUGAUUGUGUAUGAUAACAUAGUAUUAAACAUAGUGUGAAAAUUUAGAAAGGAAAAAAGUAUGGGGUAGUAAAAUGUCAAAAAAUGAUAGUAGGAGGGGGUUGGUGGGGUUUUGAUGUAAAGUAAAGGGGUGAUGAUUACAUCAUCAGACUUAUGACAGCGAGAUUAAAAGAAAUGAUGAAGAAAUCUUUUGCUUCU